AUGUCGCCACCCACAAAUAAGAGACGAACCAGGGCCGACGCUGCGGGCGAAGCCGCAGCCGACACAAUAACCGAGCAACCCAGGGAAAAAGCCCCCUCUCCAAUCUCAGAAUCUCCUUCAAAAGCCAAGGAAACACUCACCUCUUCUGGUGACGCUUCAAAGGCGCAUGAUCGCAUGGCACGCUUCAAGGCGCUCCAGGCCCGCGCCAAAAGCUCCUCCCAGACAAACAUGAAGGAAGUCACGCGCGAGUCACAGCGCUUGGCCGAGGACCCGUCACAGCUCACGGCGCUGCGCCGGCGGCACGACAUUGCGGCGCACAAGCUGCUCAAGGCCGAGACAGAGGACGCGGGAGAGGACUUUGAGCGCAAGCGGGCGUGGGACUGGACCGUCGACGAGAGCGAGCGAUGGGACAAGCGCCUGAAGAAAAAGGCCGCGCACCGCGAUAACAAUGCCUUCCAAGACUACCAGGCCGAGAGCAGCAAGGUCUACAAGCGUCAGCUCAGGAACCUCGACGUUGAUCUCGACGCCUACACGAAACAGAAGCUCGCGGCGAUUGAAAAGGCGGCGGCGGCCGGCAGCCUAGAGAUUGUCGAGACCGAGGACGGCGAAAUGAUUGCCGUGGACAAGGACGGCACGUUUUACGCGACGGCCGACUCGACGUCAUUUGCGCAGAAUAAGCCCGACAAAGCGGCCAUUGACCGGCUCGUCGCCGACAUUGAGAGGGCCGAGGCGCAGAGCUUGAAGAAGAGAAGGGACCGUCAGGCCAAGAACGGCGACGACGGCGACAUUACAUACAUCAACGAGAAGAACAAGCAGUUCAACCAAAAGCUGGCACGCUUCUACGACAAGUACACGUCAGAUAUCCGCGACAGCUUCGAGCGCGGCACGAUGAUUUAA